CGUCAGACUAUUGGAUACAGCCCACUUUGCAGGUAGCGGGGCAUCCAUCUUUUUCCGUUGAUCUUCAACAUCACAACGAACACGCAUUCGUUGACAGCGACGAAGCGACUGAACCUCCACAUUGAACACUUCUACAGAACUGCGAAAAUGUCUUUGACCAAGAAGCUUGCGAUCACUGACGUUGAUCUCAAGGACAAGCGCGUUCUGAUCCGAGUCGACUUCAACGUCCCACUCGACAAGGAGACCAACAGCAAGAUCACCAACAACCAGCGAAUCGUCGGUGCCCUCCCAACAAUCAAAUAUGCCAUUGAGAAGGGCGCCAAAGCCGUUGUGCUCAUGUCUCAUUUGGGCCGCCCAGAUGGCAAGCCAAACCCAAAGUACAGCCUGAAGCCAGUCCAAGCAGAGCUCGAGAAGCUCCUGGGUAUGAAGGUCACUUUCACCGACGACUGCGUCGGUCCCGAAGUCGAGAAGGUGGUGAAUGCACAGAAAGAUGGCGGUGUUGUCCUCCUGGAGAACUUGCGAUUCCACAUUGAAGAGGAGGGCUCAAGUAAAGACAAGGAUGGCAACAAGAUCAAGGCGGACAAAGCAGAUGUCGAGAAGUUCAGGAAAGGUCUCACUGCUCUGGGAGACAUCUACAUCAACGAUGCAUUCGGCACCGCACACCGUGCUCACAGCUCGAUGGUCGGCGUUGACCUCCCACAGAAGGCCUCCGGUUUCCUUGUCAAGAAGGAGCUGGAAUAUUUUGCUGCGGCGCUCGAGAACCCACAGCGACCAUUCCUUGCUAUCCUUGGUGGUGCUAAGGUCUCGGACAAGAUUCAGCUGAUCGAGAACAUGUUGGACAAGGUCAACUCGCUCAUCAUCUGUGGUGGCAUGGCUUUCACUUUCAAGAAGGUGCUCGACAACAUGAAGAUUGGUAACUCGCUCUUCGAUGAGGCUGGUAGCAAGAAGGUUGAGGAGCUUGUCAACAAGGCCAAGAGCAAGAAUGUUGAAAUCACGCUCCCAGUUGACUACAUCACUGCCGACAAAUUCGAUGCGAACGCCAACACUGGCUAUGCGGAAGACAAGGAUGGCAUCCAGGACGGCUGGAUGGGUCUUGACUGCGGCGAAAAGAGUAUCGAGCUGUACAAGAAGGCUAUCGACAACGCUAAGACGAUCCUCUGGAACGGACCUCCGGGUGUGUUCGAGAUGAAGAAGUUCGAGAACGGAACUCGCAAGACAAUGGAUGCCGCUGUUGCUGCCGCGCAAGCGGGCAAGAUCGUGAUAAUUGGUGGUGGCGACACCGCGACAGUCGCAGCACAGUAUGGUGUUGAGGACAAGCUCAGCCAUGUCUCGACCGGUGGUGGUGCUUCUCUCGAACUGCUCGAGGGCAAGGACCUGCCAGGUGUGAGGGCUCUCAGCGAGAAGCCAUGAAUGCAUGAUGGAGCGAGAUUGUGAGCAUAAGCUCAGCUUUGUCAUAUCGGUGCCUCUACCGGGACAUCAUUGCGCAGCACUAUAGUGAUACAACGUGCGCGAAAAGGCCCAGCGGCCCGAAUAUAGCUUCAUGUCGCCAUGCGCGGCGAAUCCUUUGAUAUCAUAGACGGUCAUGUCCCGCGCUCGAUGCUCAUUCGUGCUUCGGCUGUUUCUUUCUCUUGAGCCACCCUCUCUCCCCCCUCGCGUCUCCAUAGCUCUUUCUGUAUCAUGUUGCGGCAAGCUUGCCUUCGUACUCGUUCGAUCGCGUAAAGAUACGCAUCACUUAUUCGACAUCUUCUUCAACUCCUCUUUCAACUGCGUCGAAAACUCAUCAGUCGUGUCAUCAUCAUCCCAGCUCUCUUCCCACAGAUGUGUGUUGCCCGCCUGCUGUCCAACUUCUUCUUCCUUGGCCCAGUCUUCUACUGGAAAGUCCUCGAACUCAUCAUCUUCCUCGAGUUGCGCGGCGGGUUUCUGAGGUUGCAGAGGCUUCUCUUGGGUUUUUGCGUUGUCGUUUGCGAGACCGCCGCCGGCUUUGGCUGUUGCGCCGAGAUUCGAGCCGUCAGACAUGGUUUCGAGACGGUGACGUGGAGGAGGAGUUGUUGGUGUCGUUGUUAGGUA